AUGAACGCCGCUGUCAGAUCCAUCACGCGCGUGGCGUUGCAACGAGACUGCCUGCCUUUUGCUAUCUACGAAGGAUACCAAGGUCUGGUCGAUGGUGGAAAGUACAUCAAGCAGUUAGGAUGGGAAGACGUGCGCGGUCUGUUGUCCGUCGGAGGAACGUCCAUCGGUACAGCCCGAUGCGCCGACUUCCGCAAACGAGAGGGCCGGCUGAAGGCUGUUUACAACUUGAUUACAAACGGCAUCGAUGCUCUGAUCGUCAUUGGUGGAGAUGGCUCUCUGACCGGUGCCGACACGCUCCGUGCGGAAUGGUCGGGUCUCGUUGACGAGCUCGUCAAAACGAACAAAGUCAAAGCGGAAGACUGCAAGCACCUGCGCGAGGAUCUUACCAUCGUUGGUCUCGUCGGGUCCAUUGACAACGAUAUGUCUUCGACCGACAUCACCAUCGGUGCCGUCACGUCUCUCCACCGUAUUUGCGAAGCUGUCGACAAUCUGACAUCUACUGCUCUCUCACAUCAACGUGCCUUCGUCGUGGAAGUCAUGGGUCGUCAUUGUGGAUGGCUCAGUCUGAUGGCUGGUAUCGCAGUCGGCGCUGACUGGGUCUUCCUGCCCGAACGCCCGCCACCGCUCAAUCACGACCAAUACGGCGAUGAUUGGGAGACGGAGAUGUGCGAUAUCAUCAAAAAGUACCGGAAGAUGGGCAACCGGAAAUCGCUCGUCAUUGUCGCUGAAGGCGCCAUUGACCGCCAGUUACGACCCAUCAAGGCUGACGCGGUGCAGAAGGUGCUCUCGGAGCGGCUGGGUCUGGAUACCCGUGUGACAUGUCUGGGACACGUACAGCGAGGUGGAACGGCAUGUGCGUAUGACAGGUACCUCGCCACUGUCCAGGGUGUUGAGGCGGUGGAUGCCGUUUUGCGGUCCAAGCCGGGAACGCCCGCACCUAUGAUUGGUAUCAACCAUAACAAGAUCACCAGCACGCCAUUGAUGGAAGCCGUCAAGCUGACUCAAUCAGUAGCGCAAGCCAUCCACGACAAAGACUUCGACAAGGCGAUGGAACUCCGUGACCCCGAAUUCCUCGCCAUGUACGAGGCCUUCCUCCAUUCCACCAUCUACUCCUUCAACCCCACCAACCCUCUCCCCGAAAAAGACCGUCUCCGCAUCGGUAUCAUCCACACAGGCGCACCCGCGGGAGGAAUGAACGCCGCCACCCGCAUCGCCGCACGUUUAUGUCUCAACAAAGGACACACCCCACUCGCCAUCCGCAAUGGGUUCUCGGGACUGAUCAAAGACGAGGUCAAAUCGCUAAGUUGGGCGGAUACAAUCGGCUGGCAAGUCCGCGGCGGUUCUGAACUCGGUACCAACCGCGACCACCCACAACCUCUACCCGGCGGCCCGAAAGUUUCCCCCAAGGGAGACGGUGGCUUCAUCGACCUCGGGUUGAUUGCCUACCACCUGCAGAAACACGACAUCAACGCUCUGCUCAUCAUUGGUGGCUUUGAGGCGUAUACAGCGCAAUUGACGAUGACGCAUGCCAGGGAUAUGUUCCCGGCGUUCUGCAUCCCGAUGAUUCAGCUGCCUGCUACUGUGAGCAAUAAUGUGCCUGGGACGGAUUUCUCGGUGGGCAGUGAUACGGCGCUGAAUGUGAUUGUGGAGGCGACGGAUAGGAUUAAGUUGAGUGCGAAUGCGAGUAGGAAACGGGUGUUCGUGGUGGAAGUUCAGGGAGGUAGCUGUGGGUAUCUCGCAACGCUUGGCGGGCUGACAACCGGUGCCACAACCGUCUACAUCCCCGAAGACAAGAUCAACAUCGCCACCCUCCAACGCGACAUCCAACACAUCAUCAAACGCUACGCCGACGAAGACCGCCGCAACAUCCCCUCCGAAGGCCGCGUCAUCAUCCGCUCCGAAAUGGCAUCGUCGACCUACACCACCGACGUCAUCUCCAAAAUCCUCCGCACGGAAGGCUCAGGCCUCUUCGACUCCCGCACCGCCGUCCUCGGACACCUGCAGCAAGGCGGCGUCCCCUCCCCGCUCGACCGCAUCCGCGCCACCCGUCUCGCUGUCAACUGCAUCACCUGGCUCGAACACGCUGCGUUCGACGCCCGUGCGGAAAACUCCGAUAACCAUAUCCCCGGCACGUCGGAGAUUUACACCCGCUCACCGAAAACCUCGUGCAUCAUUGGUAUCGUCGGCGCGGAUAUUGCAUUUACACCCGUGCUCGAGUCCCUCGCGCAUGCGGACGUCAAGAGCCGCAGGGGGAAGGAUCAGUGGUGGAUGGGGUACACUAAGCUGAUUAAAGUGCUGAGCAAGUACGAGUAUGAGGAUCUAGCGGACGAGGAGGGCAAAGUCGACCUCCUUAAGAAUCGGCGGGACCAGGAGCCGGACAGCGUGAAGAGGAGGGGGACGAUUGCGAGCCCGACUAGCCCGACUUCUAAGAAGGGAGACGAAUAG